AUGACGCGGCAGGCCGAUGAGCAGAAGUCCAUGCGAAAGGUCACCGGUAGCGGCGAGGCUGAGAAAACGUCCAAGCUGCGCACCGACGACCUUGCGGCGCUGCAGGAGCGCAUGAAGAAGCUGCACGCCGAGGUGACUCAGCAGAGCGAGGCGAAGGAGCAGCGUGCGCGCGAGCUGGCCGCAGUCCCGGUGGCGGACGAGGAUGCGCAGGUCGUGGCGGCGGCGCUGAUGGUGACCCCCGAGUGCGCGCGGUCCUUGCUGCAGAAAAAGAACGGGGAUGUGACAGCGGUGCUGCGCGAUGCAGUGGGCCUGCCGAAGGCUCGUGCGUAG